CUAGUUUUUGACUGAGCUGACACGGCUGUUCCAGAAAUGCAGGACAUCAGGCAGUGUUGUCAUCACGUUAAAGAAAUGUAAGUUCUCACAUUUUGUCAUCUGUUACUUAUAUGAUGGCUACUGAGUGUUCUCUCCUUCACUCAGUUCUUCCAGGAUAUGUUAAUAUUCGGCCUAUGUACUGUUUUGAGAGAGAGCUAGCCUUCUGUAGGUUUUCACUAUAACCCCAGUUGUAACUAACCUGAUUCAGGUUAUCAACCAGCUAAUUAUUAGUGGUCCUCUGUAGCUCAGCUGGUAGAGCACGGGGCUUGUAACGCCAAGGUAGUGGGUUCGAUCCCUGGGACCACCCAUACACAAAAAAAAUGUAUGCACGCAUGACUGUAAGUCGCUUUGGAUAAAAGCGUCUGCUAAAUGGCAUAUUAUUAUUAUAUUAUUAUUAUUAGAAUCAAGUGUGCUAGAUUAGGGUUGGAGCAAAAACCUACAGGAUGGUAGCUCUCCAGGAACAGUGUUGGAGAGCCCUGCUGUAAUGUGUUGUCACUAACCUUACAGAUGAUGGGAGAACCAAACCAGUCCCCAGGAAAGGCCACCCAGAGAAUUAUGAACCAGCAGACAACAAGUGUCUACUCAGAGCAUCAGAUGGCAAGAAGAAAAUCAGCACAGUGGUAAGUCUACACUACAGCAUCAUGUGGCAAUGAAGUCAUUGAUGAUGAAGAGGUUUGUUGCAUUAUAAUACAAUGUUUUAUUUCCUAGUCAUGCAAUUAGUCCAUCUCUACUUAGUAAUCAAUGGUUGUCCAUUGCUCUUACAUUUUUACAUUUUAGGUAUUUAGCAGAUGCUCUUAUCCAGAGCGACUUACAGUUAGUGCAUUCAUCUUCAGAUAGCUAGGUGGGACAACCACAUCACAGGCAUAGAAAGUACAUUUUUCCUCAAUAAAGAAGCUAUCUAUGUUGAAAUAAAUCCAUAAAGGAAUUAACUGAAUCAUUGUUGUUGAUAUGCUAUACUCUGCAGACAGUAGUGCUAAUCAGGGGUUUCCUUGUAUCUCCAGGUUAGUAGCAAAGAAGUAAUCAAGUUCCAGAUGGUAGGUACUCAGACAUUGAGGUUAGGUUUUUCUAACAAAUGGCUCACUGGAGUACAUUGUAUUGUUUUGUUUUUUAGAUGUAUGUAAUGUUAAAAGGUGUUAUGCAUAUCCUUUAAAUACUCUCCUCUUGACUUGACAAACUUGCCUCUAAAAGUCUGCUCUCCCUCUUCUCAACAUGGCAGGCAUACUCUAACCUCCUGAGAGCACACAUGGACGGGCUCAAGAAGAAAGACAAGAAAAGCAAAAGCAAGAAAACCAAAGCCACCCAAUGAGCAACAGACUUUCAUAGCAUACUGGGGGAACCCAGACUGGCCUGUACCACCUCCAAGGUGCUCCAACUAUCACCUCUACCUCCAUCCUUCCUGAUUCAAUAUGCUCCCUGAAGCCCACCAUCCUCCACCUGGGGACUGCUUUGACAUCAUGCCAUUGUUUACACAGCAAUGUCUCAUCCCUGGCCAGUGAAUGAAUGGUCUAUAUAGGGAGGAAGGGAGAGCUGAGGAUGUUUAACACUCAGAGGAUACUACAAGUGAGCCGCCUUUUGAUUCACCCACCACAACUCCCCCAUCUCUGGUGUGGAUCCAAGUUACACAAAGAGCUGCAUUCAUUUAUGGAGUCACCGAAAGGAUGGAGCACGUUGAUGAAAUGCCUUUCAAAUUGUUUUAAUUUGAACUACUAGUCCCUGUCCCUAUUUAUGUUUCAAUUAUCGUUCGGUUUGCAUGCAUCAAUUUGAUUACAUUUUCACCAAAGUUCUGAUUUACUUUCCAAUUGGACCAUGUCUUAUCCAUUUGUGGAUAGAUUAUUACUGUGUACUAUGAGUGAAGCUGCCAUAUGCAUUUGUUAGGAUUGGGGCCGAAUGUUUUUUGUUGCUAUUCAAAUAAUUGUUCUUUUUUUAUGAUGGUAAGAUCCUGAGUUUUGUUUUUGGCUUAAGACAAAAUGAAUAAAUGGGUGAGUUCCU